GAAUUACUCUCUCAAUGUACUUGUAAACAAACUUUUCCAAUGACACGUAUUGGUGAAGGGCGUUAUCUAUUCGGUGAUAAAAGUACACAAAUAUUUGUUCGCAUUUUAAGAAAUCAUGUUAUGGUGAGAGUCGGUGGUGGUUGGGAUACACUGAGUCAUUUCCUUUCUAAAUACGAUGAAUGUCGUAAAGUGAAUCCAGUUACAUCCUCCAAAAUUCUACCAUCUAAUCAAAAUGGCAAUUGUCCUCAAGUCGAUACAAAAGACAAGAAUAAUUUGAUCAAAGCAGUCAAAGAUUCAAAAUACAUGGGAAAAUAUCUUUCAAAUGGUGAGCUGAAUAAAGAUUUCGUUGAAGGCCGACUCAAUGCUGUAAAGAAGCGAACAUCAGCAUUACAAGGAGAGAACAACAAUAAUACCUCUGAACGUCAAAUAGAAAAACGUCAACUGACGCCUGGAAGGCAUAACAGUGAAUAUCGUAAUGAAUAUAAAAAGUGUACAAUGGAUUAUUCUACACCGAAAAAGGAGACAGGAAUUCUGAGUAAAUCAAAAUUCUUCUCAGAGAUCAAUCUAGCCACGCUGAACGAUGAUGAAGUCAGUUGUUCAUCACAUCUACCUCGAUAUAAAAUCACCGGUGGAUUUACGCAUAAUAAUAAUAAUGUCGACAAUAAUAAAAAAUCUACUCCUCCUGAUGAAGAUGAUGAUAAUGGUGAUGUCUACACUAGAGACAACAUUCGGAUGAGAAAUGCAGACAGAGCAAAUAUGAAUGACAUACAAUCGAUAUGGCAUAUGAAUCAAGCUAAAAGUUCGAAUAACCUUCAUUCAUCGAGCGAAAAACUGUGUACUAGCACACCGCUGAAACAAAAGUUUGGCAUUACAAUUAUAAGACCUUCAGCAAUGCGGGAACAGAAGGCGGAUGAGGAGCGGGAGCGGGAGCAGCAGAAGACGAAUUAUGCAAAUAGAUCAUAUUCACCAAAAGACGCUUAUUACAUACACAGUCCACGAAUGUGGACUAAUAAUACUGAUAGCAGUCAUGAUUUUUAUCCUGUACAAAGAGGCGUGAGCGAUGCACUUAUAAGUCAAGAUUUUUCUAAAUCUCUAACCUCAUUAAAUACAAUGAUCCCGAAACAAUCCACAAACCGUCGAAGCUCAAAACCACUUGAACAAGUCUCUGUAUUAACAAUAACGGAUACUAUCGAUGAUGAGUUGCAUAAAAGUCAUCCUCAUCCUUACGGUGGAUUACACCAGUCAUCGGCUACUUCAAGAAAGUAUUCAGCACCGACGAGAAGCACACUGAUUACAGCUGAUUAUCCUGUGAAGGGGAAGAAAUCUGCCCUACAAAACUCAAAAGUAUCUAAUAGUAAUAAUAAUACCGCUGGUAGUAGUAAUCAGAGUAAAAGUCAAACAAAACGAGGCAAAUUCAGUAGUGUUUUCAGUCCUAAAACACCACCGCCUAGUCGAGCAUCAAAAACCGGUAAGGCAGUGUCCAGUUCCACAUCAACCAAACACAUCGAUCCUCAAUCUGAUUAUAAACCAGUACAAAUUGUUUAUAAUUCAGAGGAGAAUGAAAACUAUGAUAGAUUUGACAAUGUUGAUGAUAUGAUGAUGAACAGAAGGCAUCAUUUAAUGACUAAUGCUGGUCGAUAUAGUGACAACAGCAACAAAGAUCACAAUGGUCAAAUCAUUUCUAUGGAGAGCCAAUCAAGACGUGGAUCAUUGAUCCCUGUAUCGACAAGAUCUUAUUCCACUUCAAGGAUUCCAGUGAGACAACACUAA